GCCUCGCGAAGGAGACGGCUGGCGUUAUCGGCGCGCGUUGUCCGACCGUCGGGAAAAAUGAUGACCUCGUCGGAAACGUCGGAGGUGGAGAACGCGGCGGGCGAGAGGGGCGCCGAGGACUCGGCGAUCCUGGAGGUGAGCUCGAUGGCGGUGGGCGGGAUCGUGAAGCAGGAGAGCCGCGACGUCGACUACCUGUCCAACUGCAGCACCUCCAUCGAGGGAUCCGUGGUCGCGUCUCCCUCCAUCGAUAGCUUCUCCACUCUGCCGGAUCAGGAGAUAUCGGACUUCCAGACGGACUCGCGAGAUCUGCAAGUGAAAGUGGACAAUCCGCAGAAGCAUCUGGAGACUCUGGAGACGUACAUCACAUUCCGCAUAACGACCAGAACUACACGGCCGGAGUUUGAGGAAGCGGAGUAUGUGGUUCGCAGGCGAUACAAUGACUUCAUUUGGCUGCGCCAGAAAUUAGUGGAUACCUAUCCGACACACAUCAUACCACCGAUGCCAGGCAAGCAUACGUUGCUCGCUCAACUGGAUCGUUACUCCAAGGAAUUUAUCAUAGCGCGUAUGAAGCUUCUGCAUAUAUUCCUGAACAGAGUGGUGAACCAUCCUAUUCUCAGUUGCGACAAGAAUCUCCAUAUCUUUCUCACGACAAAACCCUCGGAAUUUCUCGUUCAUCGCAAAAAUCGCGGGAAUGUGCUCGGGAAAGUGACCGACUCCUUGCAAAACAUAGCGAGUACUUACACGAUGAAACAACGUCACUUGGAGUUCGAACAGAUUCGCGACUAUUGCACAGCGCUGGGUGAAAAGUUGUCGGCCAUAGAUAAGAUCAAUCAUCGUAUACAUAAGGAGAGACAAGAUUAUCUGCUGGAGCUUCAUCAGCUGCAUCCCAUAUUCACACUGUGGGCGACCUCGGAACCGGAGCUCACGCCCAUUUUAUUGGCGAUCGCUAAAGCGGUAGAAGCGAACGCGAUGGCCCAUCAGAAACUUCUUGAAGACGUUCCUAACGACGAGCGCGAGUACGUUUCGUACAUUGAAGCGGUCAAGAACGCAUUGUCCCGGCGCGACUCGAUGCAGAUUGAAUACGAGAUAACGGUCGACCUGUUGGCGAAGAGGAGAUUAGAAAAGGACCAGUUGGUAGGUAAUACGAGCUACACGAUUCCCGCGCAAGGCUGGGGCGGAUCUCUAUGGAAAGCGGAAUCUCGCGACGAAAAACUGGAGAGACUCGGCCAGACGAUUCCGCGAUUGGCCAAACAGUCGGAGAUACUGCAGGAUCGCGUGGAGUGCGCGAACGAGAAUCUGCGAAGCGACUUUCAGAGGUGGAACGUGGAGAAGCAGCAGGAUCUGAAGAGCAUGCUGAUCGCGAUGGCGGACCGACAUAUCAGACACUAUCAGCAGUGCAUGAACGCGUGGGAGGAGAUUCUCACCGGCCUCAAGCUGGACGGAAUCGGAUCUGACGUUAGCGUGGGGCCGCCCGUUAAGAUACCCGUUUGAAUCCGCUAGUCUCUUCGCCACUCGAAAGGACAUAGAAUAAGUGUUCGUUAUAUAUAUAUAUAUAUAAUAUAUACGGAGAUAAAUACGCAGUUAAAAAGAAUCUCUAUAUUAAAUAAUGACACAAAGUUUAUUACAAUCUAAAAAAAAAAACGAUCUAUCAUCAGCUUCGAUAUAAUUGCUUUUGAAAUUCAAUCGUCGUUUCUCGGUAAAAAAAAAAAAUUAUUAUACUUACGAAUUGUGACGGACGCGUUUAACGACGCAAGUUGCAUUUAAUGCACAUCAUUCAUAUAAUACGCUAUAAUAUCAAAAACUUUAAAACUGCGGGAAAUUCGCUCUUAUGAUACAAUAAUCUUGUGAUAACGUGAAAAAUUAAGUAUAACGCAUUUGGUCCUACACACAUGCAGGACAUGUUAUAAUCAUGUACAAGCAAAAAUUUUCCGAUAUUCUUCACAAGUUUAGAUCAAUUAAUUUUGGGGGACCAAAGUAUAUCGAGGCAGUUAUCGCCAAUUCUCUUUUCUCUCUCUCUCUCUCUCUCUUUCUUACUUCGUUUUUCACAUUACAAUAUAUUUAUUGACAAUCAGUUUAGUCACCUAUAUCUACUAGUUACCAAAGUACAGUAGUUACCAUGAUAGCGUAGAUAGCGUCAAUGUAUAGUAUACAGCACACUGGUAAAUUUUACAAAUCGGAGCAAAACGCUUGCGAGAGCUUCGUUGUAUCGUUAAUUAGUACCUUUAAAUCUAUACCUCUAAGUUUAUGAACAAGUCCCAUCGCACUGAAUCAAUUCCGCUUAGCGUUCAUGGAGAAUACAAAUUAAUAACAAUAAUAAAAAAAAAAAAAGACGUAGCGCGCGAGUCCUAUAUGGCUUACACAUUCCUCUGCGUUUCAUCCGUUAUUUACGCUCGAGAAAAGGGGAAGAUACUCUUCGCUGCUAACACAACCAUUGUUAACAGUGCGGAGUACAUUUCUGUAAUGUACGUUAUACGCCGCGGCUCAGCGUAUUUGGCAAAAAUGGCGGAGUUUGUUUAUGUCGAUAAAUAAAUUACUGUUUGCAACUUGAA